AUGGACUGCCAUUGCGAUAUCAACCGAACUUCUCCGCGGCUUGCUCGUACGCAACUCGCUUCAGGAUCCCAUCUCUGCUGCGAGCGAGGAGAGGUGUACGUGCCGGAUGAUGACAUCGCGUGGGCAAGAGCAACCGUGAUGCACCCGCUGGGGGGCUCCAGGUUCGAGGUUGAGGUGGAGCGGUCACAGGAGCGGGGUGGGCUCAAGCCGCGCGUAACCGGCUCCGUGGUUGUCGAUGCGUCCGGGCCGGGGUUUGAGGGCAUGGACUCCCUCCCAUUGCAGAACGCCGAAACGGCGGAUGGGAAGGGAGUCGCGGACAUGUGUGCCCUGAACCACCUCCAUGAGCCGGCCAUCCUCUACAACCUCCGGAGGCGCUUCAUGAGCCUGCUGCCCUACACGUACACGGGAGAGAUCUGCAUCGCCAUAAACCCGUACCAGUGGCUGGACAUCUACGGGAAGGAACUCGGGCAACGGUACAAGGAAGCCUCGAAGCGGUCGGACAUGGCGCCACACGUCUACGCGACGAGUGCCCAGGCCUUCAAGGGCUUGCAAACGUACGGCGUGAACCAGAGCAUCUUGGUCAGCGGCGAGAGCGGGGCGGGGAAGACGGAGACAGUGAAGAUCCUUCUGAACCACCUCGCCGACAUCGCGGGGUCCCACGCCGACGACCGCACGAUAGAGAAGGUGAUCACGUCGAACCCUCUUCUCGAGAGCUUCGGCAACGCGAAGACCCUUCGAAACGACAACUCUAGCCGGUUCGGCAAGUUCACGGAGCUGCAGCUGGACUCGAGGUGCCGCCUGGCGGGGUCCCAGAGCAACACCUACCUGCUGGAGAAGGUCCGGGUCGUGUCGCACGCCAGGGGAGAGCGGACGUACCACAUCUUCUACCAGCUUCUGGCGGCACCGGAGUCUGAGAAGAAACGCUACGGGCUGGAGGGGCAGGGGAGCGCCUCCUUCCGAUACACCAGCAUGGGAGGGGACCAAAAAGGUGUGAUCGAGGGGAUGUCGGACGGUGACCGUUUCCGGCAGACCUCGGACGCUCUGGACAUCAUCGGCAUGGCUGAGAAGGAGAAGUCAGAGCUCCUCUCGGCUGUCUCUGGAGUCUUGCACCUAGGACAGAUCGAUUUCGUGGAGAAAGCCAGCGACAGCGGGGCGCACGAGUGCGAGGCGCGCGACUCGGAGAAGCUAGUGGCACCAGCAACGAUGCUCGGCGUGACGCCCGGCGAUCUAGGGCAGCACCUGACACACCGCUCCGUCAAGGUGGAGGGGAAGACGAUCAACGUGCCUCUGUCGCCCGCGGCUGCGACGGACAGCCUUGACGGUCUCGCCAAGGAGAUUUAUUGCAGGAUGUUCGACUGGCUGGUGGCCAAGAUCAACGACUCGAUGCGAUGCUCCGACGGCAGCAACAAGGGAACCAUCGACCUCCUGGACAUCUUCGGCUUCGAGACCUUCCAGCACAACAGCUUCGAGCAGUUCUGCAUCAACUACGCCAACGAGAAACUGCAGCAAAAGUUCACACAGGAUGUCUUCAAGAACGUUCAGGUGGAGUACCAAGAGGAGGGCAUCCCGUGGUCACACAUCGACUUCCAGGACAAUGCGGCGGUGCUGGGCAUGAUAGAGGAGCCACGGAGAGGCCUGCUCUCUCUGCUCGACGAGGAGUGCAUGCUCCCCCAGGGGACGGAUGAGGCCUAUGCUUCGAAAGCAAUCAAGGCGUACAAGGACCACGAGAACUUCGGCAAGGACCGCUUCGCGACCAAGCUCGAAUUCACGGUCCACCACUACGCCGGCAGAGUAGUCUACAACACCGGGGGCUUCGUGGAGAAGAACAAGGAUCAGCUGCAGUCUGACUUGGUGCAGAUGUUGUCACAGUCCACCAACGGGGUGCUCGGGUCCUGCUUCAAGAGCCAGGCGAAGCCCUUGCUACCCCAGGACUCGAAUGGCCCCAACAGCCGACAACGAAAGGGCUCCCUCAUGCAGGAGUCCCUCGGAUCCAAGUUCAAGCGUCAGCUGCACGCCCUGAUGGCGGCCAUCCAGAGGACUGAGGUGCAGUACGUCCGGUGCAUCAAGCCGAACGCGAACAAGUCGAAGGACGAGCUGAACUGCCUCAUGGUGGUGGAGCAGCUGAGAUGUGCAGGGGUUGUGGAGGCGAUUCGAAUCUCGCGAGCGGCGUACCCCAACCGCAUGAUUUUCCGCGAGUUUUCUCGACGUUUCGAGGUGAUGGCGAACAAGGUUACGAAGGGGGGUGGCGGCGCUAGCAAGGCCACGAGGGAGAAGGAGGCGGCGGCAUUCGCCAGACGGUCGGAGUCGUCGCAGUGCAAGUUCAUUCUGGAGAAGCUUCUGGGACGCGAAAAGGACAGCAAGUGCUGUCUUGGUAAUACCAAGGUGUAUUUCCGAGCUGGGGUGCUCGAGCAGAUGGAGGAGGAGCGCGGGAAGUUCGUUAGAGUGAAAGUAGUCACGGUGCAGCGGGCGCUCAUGGGGAACGCCAAGCGCAGGCCCUACCUCAGGCUUCGGACCUCCGCGAUAGUGGCGCAGAAGUUGUGGAGGGGACACGUCGAUCGACAGACGGCGAAGCGAUUGAAGGUCGAAAAGGAGGAGCGGGAACGACGGGCGAGGGAGGAAGAGGAACGGAGGAGGAGGGAGGAGGAGGAGAGAAGGUUGGCCGCUGCCAAGAAGGCAGAGGACGAGCGGAUUAAGAAGGAGGAGGAAGAGCGGAAGAAGGCUGCGAAGAAGGCGGAGAAGGCUGCCUCUGGCGGGGGUAGCUUGAUGGGGAAGCUGAUCGGAGGGGGCAGUGGCGGCGGCAAGAAGGACAGGAGCAGCGGGGGAGGGGGAGGGGCGGGGGGGGAGUUCGCACAGGAUAGCCCUGUCGAUAACGGCAAUUCGAUUUUGGGCAUCAUGCCCGACUACGACUCCGACACCGACAUGCCUAUGGACAUGCAAGACAAGUUCAAGUCAGGCUCGUCUUCCGGCGGCACCUUCUCCCGCUUCUACAGCGGCCAUGGGGGCGCCGCGGGUGCGGGUGCGGGGGAGGGGGACGACGAGGGGGGAAUGUCGGUCGGCCGCUACAACCCACUUUUCCACAACGCGGUUCGAGGUUUCAGCAAGCUCAUCCGCGGCAACGAGGUGUACAAGCUCUACAUGGAGGGAAAGGGAGAUUUCCCGGACCGUUAUCUGAUGACGGCUCGUAAGAAAGGCGGAGCUUCGGCGUCUCAGUUCGUGAUGAGCAUGGAGGACGGGGAGGACGGUGACGACAACGGCAACAGCAGCAACAUCGUGGGACGACUCAAGGCCACCACCAGGACGUCGGAGGAGUUUCAGGUGUUUAGCCCGAGGUUCACCGGUCCAGACGACAGGGGCAACGGGAAGGAGAAGGAGGUCGCUGCGGUGCACUACUCGGCUGACAAGAUGGAUCCGCAUGGACGGUACGAGGGGCCCCGCAAGAUGAGGGUGGUACUGGGCAACAUGCACGGCAACAAUGCGGACGUGGAGGCAGAAUCGUCCCUGCUUCACCGCAUGCUGAGGGGAAGCCUGGACUCUCUAGAGGAGCCCUGCCUCAUCAACAGAAAUCCGCGAUGGAACGCCAAGGUACAGGCGUUCGUGCUGAACUUCCACGGGAGGGUGACUCAAGCGUCCGUGAAGAACUUCCAGCUGGUCGUUCAGGGAGAUGUGACGGAGCAGAUCACCUUGCAGUUCGGGAGGACUCACACGAAUGAAUUCACCAUGGACUUCUGCCACCCCUUGUCUCCGCUGCAGGCGUUAGCCAUCACGCUCACGAGCUUCGACUGUAAGUAA